UUCAUCCCUGCUCAGAGUCCAACUUCCCCAGAGUUUCUCUUUUCCUCUUCCUUCAUUCUUCUCAGUUUCCCAACACUUCCAUUUCUUUCUUCUCGGAGUCCAACUUCACCAAGUUAUCUUUCAGUGUCCAACUUCAUCACCAUCUUGGGAAUUUCCCUUUGGUUUUGUGCGCCUGCAUAAUUUGUAUCAUGAGUAUGAGUUGCUCGGCUAGAUUGGUGGUCGACAGUUACACUCACUCACGGGUUCCUCUCGGGGAAUCUUCACAAUGGAGACACCAAUCCCUCUCUAGGACUAGCAAUUCUCACAGACUUCACAGACAUGUCGAUAUUCGUGCCCGAGUCGUUACGCCCACUACCCCAAUUGAGCAAAAGCCCAUCAUCCAAACCUCCACUCCCACUUCCAAUUCCACUUCCACUUCCCUCACCUGGAGAUCCGACCCCGACCGAAGAUUUGAGAUCCCAAAUCGAGUCUUUCCGGGCAUGUGGGAGAAGAAGUCGAAGUCGGAGUCUUGUGGGUGGAACCCAGUCCAGAGGCUCGCAGCGGCGGCUUUGGAUGCGGUGGAGAAGAGUUUUAUAACGGCACUGGAGAAGAAGUUCCCCCUGCCAAAGACAGCAGACCCGGAAAUUCAAAUUGCCGGGAAUUUUUCUCCUGUUCCUGAGAGCCCAGUCCAGCAUGAGCUUGAAGUAGUGGGUCAGAUUCCACAAUGCUUAGAAGGUGUCUAUGUUAGAAAUGGCGCAAAUCCCCUGUUCGAGCCCCUGGCUGGGCACCAUUUCUUCGACGGGGACGGAAUGGUGCACGCCGUCAGGCUGAAGCAAGGAAUCGCCAGUUACUGCAGCAGAUUCACAAGGACCUACCGUCUGGUCGAAGAGGAAAAGCUCGGGCGAGCCUUUUAUCCCAAAGCAAUCGGUGAACUCCAUGGCCAUUCGGGGAUAGCACGCCUAAUGCUCUACUAUGCGCGAAGCAUGUUUGGUCUGGUGGAUCGGUCCAAAGGCAUGGGAGUGGCGAAUGCGGGGCUCAUUUACUUCAACGGCCGACUUCUCGCCAUGUCCGAGGACGAUUUGCCUUACGCGGUCAGGGUAACGGAGGACGGCGAUUUGGCGACUGUGGGUCGUUUUGAUUUCGACGGGCAGUUGCAGUCCGCCAUGAUAGCACACCCGAAGAUCGAUCCGGAGACCAAGGAGCUCUUUGCUCUGAGUUAUAAUGUUAUAAAGAAGCCGUAUCUCAAGUACUUCAUGUUUUCCCCUGAUGGAAGAAAAGGCCCCGAUGUGACCAUCUCUGUCAAGGAGCCGACUAUGAUGCAUGAUUUCGCCAUCACGGACAAGUAUGUCGUGGUGCCGGACCAGCAGCUGGUGUUCAAGCUCCAGGAGAUGGUUGCCGGCGGUUCGCCGGUAAUCUACGACAAGGAGAAAGUACCCCGCUUUGGGAUUUUGCCCAAGUAUGAUUCCGACGAGUCCAGAAUGAAAUGGAUCGAGGUUCCCGAUUGCUUCUGCUUUCACUUGUGGAACGCCUGGGAGGAGAACGAAGAUGAGGUCGUCGUCAUUGGGUCUUGCAUGACACCGCCGGACUCGAUUUUCAAUGAGUCCGAUGCAGCUCUCAGGAGCGUACUUUCCGAAAUCAGGCUCAAUCUCAAAACCGGCAAGUCCAGUCGCCGUCAGCUUGCGCCAAUGAAUUUGGAAGCCGGGCAAGUGAACAGAAACAAGCUUGGGAGAAAGGCCCGGUAUGUGUACUUGGCAAUUGCAGAGCCAUGGCCCAAAGUUUCAGGCAUAGCCAAGGUGGACCUGGAGGCUGAGUCGCCGGAAAGAGUAGUCGGGAAAAUUGAGUACAAAAAGGGUUGCUAUGGAGGCGAGCCAUUUUUCGUUCCCCGGACAUCGAAUCCCGAGGCUCCGGAAGAUGACGGGUAUGUUCUAACUUUCAUGCACAACGAGGAGACCUGGCAGUCAGAGCUGCUCAUUUUGGACGCUAAGUCCCCGACUCUGGAACCGGUUGCGUCGGUCAAGCUGCCAUCGAGAGUGCCUUAUGGCUUCCAUGGCACAUUUAUUACCUCCCAAGAGCUCGAUCAGCAGGUGCUGUGAAGACGCUCAGUCUUCCGCUCCUCUCGGCUCUCAUUUUCCUUUUUCUGCUCUUUGCCAUUCCAGUUUACGGGCUAGCCCAGUUCAUGGGCAUAGGUUUGGUGUUUUUAGAUUGGUAUUUGUAAAUUUGUUGUAUACCCACGUUAUGUUUUGGUGGAAUGAGAUAUCAGAGGGAUGCUGCAGUGAAGCCCCCGGAUCUCAUUCUCAUUCUCUGCUAUCUGCUAUUUUCUCUAGGCAAUUGUGGAAGCCCAGCUUGUAGCUUUGUAUUCUGCGGUGAAGCUCAGCUGGCAGCCUUUUAUCCAUUAUUUUCCUCUUAUAGAUGCAGCGCUCUUCAAGACGCUCUCUAUAUGUCUACUGUAUAUAUGUUUCCUGUGGAAAAACGUUUGAAAUAAAAUCCGAGUUUUUAA